UGAAAGUAUGGUAAUAGGUAUCAAAAUGAAUACAUUAAGACUUUUCAUAGUUUUUUUAAAGUAUACUAAUUUUAUAGUAGCAAUUGAUUUAAUAGGUUUGCAUUGUAACUUUUCGAAAUAUAUGUUUAAUUAUUUCAAGUACGGUGAGCACUAUUUGUUCAACUUCCAAAAUACAAUUUCUGAAUUUGAAAUAAAAAAUUAUGGAUUAGCAAUCAAAUCUCACGAUGAAAUUAUAAUGAUCAUGUUAGAUGCGUUACGAGAUAUGGACGAGAAGCAUAUAGCAGAAGAUUUAAUGACCAUAAAUUUAUACUUAAAUAAUGUUUCGGGGUCAUUAAACAUGAUCGCUAAAAAUGAAAACGGCGUAUUCAGUAGAACUGAAAGCUCUCAGAAUUUACUUGAAGGCUAUAAAAUAAUUCAUCGAUCAAUUGUUGAACGAUUGGAAUACUUUAUCAAUAGCCAAUGUUCACUUGUAUCGUUUGAAAAUGAUUUCAUAUCAUACACCUAUUUUAAGGUACCGGAUAGUUACAAUCCAAAUAACUUACUUAAAGAAUUGGAACACCUAAAAAAUUACAUAUUUAUUAUUAUUAGAGAAUAUUUAAUGUGGUAUGAUAUGAAAUAUGAUAAAAUAUUAAGUAGUUACACUGACAUUGUAAAACAUUUAGCAUUGUCUUUUCGUAGGCAAUCGUAUAGUGUUUUUAAUCCUAAAAAUGUCUUCUUUUAUGAUUUAAUGGAAACUCGAUCUAAUUUAUGUGAGCUAAAAUUAUCGUCAGGUUCUCAAGCAAAACAAUAUGCUAUAUAUAAUAGUGAGCAACAACUAGAUGAUAUUUUAGAUAUGAUUCGAUAUGCUCCGUUGACAAUAAAAAGUACAAACAAUUAUCAAAUAAAGUUGUUCGAUGUGUUCCGUUUUAUAACUUUCGAUUUUGACUUAUCUAAUAUACAAGCAUUUAUAAAAUUAGUAAAUACAGCAACAGUUCAACCAAUAAUGUUCAUCAUCAAAUUUUAUUUUUCAUUAAUUAGAAAAUUCCUUUUGCAUCAUGAAUUUAAAAAUGAGGGAUUAAAAAAUGAUAUGAAAUACAAAAUCAUUACUAUGGGUCAAAAUAUUGUUGAAAAUAUGAAAUCGUUUAUGGAUUUGAAUUUAUUUGAAGAAGAAUUUACAAAUUUCAUUGAGGAUAAUUUUAAUAAGAUGUACAAACUUAUUUCAUCUUUCUCAGAUCAGAAUGAUUUGUUUAUAAGUAAAGAAAUGAAUUCGAUUUCAAAAUGUUACUAUAAUUAUCUGAGAAAAAGUAAUUUAGUUUGGAAUUACAUUCAAUUAAUGAAAGAAUUUGAAACAGAAGACAAUAUUAAUAACUUUAUUCAUUUAGCUACUAGAGAAGUAAAAAAAAUUGCUUCAUACGUUUCAGAAUUGAAAAAAUAUAAGUAUUGUUUUGAGAUUGCGAAUAAAUAUAUUCCUACGAAAUUCAUGAAUAACCGUACAUUUAAUCUUAUUUUCAGGCGUAAUGUGCCAUUCGAACAAUUAGGAAAUUACGAAGACAUAUAUCGAUCUCUUUAUUUUCCUGACGCUAAUACAAGUGACAUAAAACAACAUUACAGUGAUUAUUCAAAUGAUGAAUAUAAUGAGAUGAAUAAUGACGACAAUAAAGAUUUGGUUGUGGAAACUCAGACAUAUAACACUCCUGUAUAUCUAGUUGAUUAUUUGCUUUAUGAGUAAAUUAAUAAUGAAUUUAAAGAUAAUUUUAUCAAUAAAACUAUAAUAAUUAAUUAAAAACAAA